AUGUUGUAUUUCCAUCCCUCCCUGCUGCUGCAUCCCUCGUCCUCCUCCCAGCUGCUGCAUCCCUCCUCCUCCCUGCAGCCGCAUCUCAAAUCCUCCUCCCUGCUGCUGCAAUUCAGCUCCUCCCCCCUGCUGCUGCAAUUCAGCUCCUCCCCCCUACUGCUGCAAUUCAGCUCCUCCCCCCUGCUGCUGCAUUCCUCCUCCUCCUCCUCCUCCUCCUCCUCCUCCUCCUCCUCCUCCUCCUCCUCCUCCUCCCCCCUGCUGUUGCAUCCCUCCUCCUCCUCUCUGCUGCUGCAUCCCUCCUCCUCCCCUCUGCUGCUGUACCCUCACUCCUCCCCCUUGCUGCUGCAUUCCUACUCCUCCACCCUGCUGCUGCAUCCCAACUCCUCCCCUCUGCUGCUGCAUCCCUCCUCCUCCUCUCUGCUGCUGCAUCCCUCGUCCUCCCCUCCGCUGCUGCAUCCCUCGUCCUCCCCCCUGCUGCUGCAUCCCCUCUCCUCCCCCCUGCUGCUGCAUCCCCUCUCCUCCUCCCAGCUACUGCAUCCCCUCUCCUCCUCCCUGCUGCUGCAUCCCCUCUCCUCCUCCCUGCCAGGGCAUCCCCACAAACCUAAAACGCUGCAUAUCUGCUCCCAUGCUCUUGAAUCCCCAAUCUUCCCCCUUGCUGCUGCAUCCUAUCUUCUCCCCCAUGUUGGUGUGUCCCCACACCCCCCUCCUGAUGCAUCCCCACAACCCUCCCCCUUUGUGGCCUACCCGUUUGCUGCCGUCUCAUGUUACCCCUCCCUCUCUGCUGUCGAGGUUCUGCUCUCCCACGCCCACGCCUCCCUGCACCACUCCCUCGAGGGGAUAAUUGAGAUCUAUGUUCUUCAUUGUCCACCCCGUUCUCGUCCUCACUUCUAA